UUUUGUUUUUGCGGUUUAAAAGAGAGUGGAAUAACCAAGGAAAAGGAAGGAAUUCCAUUUCUUUUGAUUUCGAUAUAUAUAUAUAUAUAAGUAUAAUUUUUGUAUUUUGAUAUUUUUGGUUUUGGAUUAAAAGGGGGGAGUGGAAUAACCGAGGAAAAAGAAAGCUAAGAUCUUGGUUUCAUCAAUUUUCCAAUCCGUAAUUUUCCCCCUUCCAUCGGGGUCCGUGUGUUGAAUCGGGAUUGAUGAAUCAGGGAUCUUAUGGUUCUCUAUUGAAUCCAGCAUUCCCCACCUGAGAUUGAGUUUACUUUGAUCGCUCUCUCCCUCGCUGCUGCUGCUUCUGCUCGAUUGUAUUCUUCUGGAUAAGAUUGCAGGAAAGAUGGAAACUGAUAGAGGCAAGCUAUUUAUUGGCGGCAUAUCUUGGGACACCAAUGAGGAUCGUCUCAAGGAGUAUUUUGGGUCUUAUGGGGAGGUGAUGGAGGCAGUGAUCAUGAGAGAUCGAACCACCGGGCGUGCUCGUGGGUUCGGAUUUGUAGUCUUUGCGGAUCCUGCUGUUGCCGAGAGAGUGGUUAAAGAGAAGCACAUGAUCGAUGGACGAACUGUGGAAGCAAAGAAAGCUGUCCCAAGAGAUGAUCAGCACUUGAUAAAUAGAAGCAGUGGCAGCAGCAUUCAGGGAUCGCCCGGCCCGGGGCGCACUAGGAAGAUUUUUGUAGGAGGAUUACCAUCUACUAUCACUGAGAGUGACUUUAAGAAUUAUUUUGAGCAGUUUGGCACCACGACAGAUGUUGUCGUGAUGUAUGAUCACAACACUCAAAGGCCAAGAGGGUUUGGUUUCAUAACCUAUGAUUCAGAAGAUGCAGUUGAUAGGGCAUUGCAGAAAACCUUUCACGAGCUUAAUGGUAAGAUGGUUGAGGUGAAGCGAGCAGUUCCUAAAGAAUUGUCGCCAGGGCCGAGCCGGGGUCCUCUUAUUGGUUACAAUUAUAAUUUUGGUAGAUCAAACAACUUCCUCAGCAGCUUUCCUCAGGGAUAUAAUGUGGGUUCACUGGCAAACUACGGUGUCCGGUUGGAUGGAAGAUACAGUCCAUUAGCUAGUACGCGCACUGGGUAUUCUCAUUUCGGUUCACCUGGUUAUGGAUUGGGUAUGAACAUGGAGCAAGGUUUGAGUGCUGCCGGGUUUGCUGGGGGCUCUAACUUUAGUGGAAACUUAGGUUACGGCCGUGUUAUGAAUCCCUAUUUUGGCAGCAGCCAGAGCAGGUACAACACUCCUAUUGGUUACAAUACAAGUGGCAGCCGUGGUGAUUCUUUUUUCAACUCGCCAACCAGAAAUCUGUGGGGAAGUGGCAGCCUUAAUAAUUCAGCUAAUAAUGCCAACUCUGGCUCCUACUUUGGGUCGGGAAGUGGCGGGUUUGGGAUGUUUGGAAACAUUGGCACGAACUGGGGUGCUUCUCCUGUCGGUACUUCACUUGCAGGAAGUUCUUCUGGCUACAGUGGUGGCAAUGUCGGUUAUAGAGAUGGUGAAAAUAGCUAUGGUUUGGGUGCCGGAGGAGGAUUUGGAAGGAACAGUGGAACGGCUCUGGCUACAGCAUCUUCAUUUUCUGGUUCUAGCCAUGGCUAUGAAGGAUCUUAUGGGGAUCUAUACCGCAUUGGGUCGGGUUAUGGUGAUCCUACUUGGCAAACUACAUCUGCGGAGCUCGAUAAUUCUGGUACAUUUGGUUAUGCCCUUGGAGCUUCAGAAGAUGCUGCUGCUGCUGCUAAAGAUUCUGAGGAUUAUGGCGUGGGCUAUGACCUUCCAAAUAGACAAUCCAAUAGAGGUAUUGCUGCCUAGGAACUUUUGAGUAUGCUGAAAUCGUAGGGGAGAUUUUUUUUUUUUCUUAAAAAAAAAACAAAAACAAAAAAAACGAAAGACACUUGGAUUGCGAUUGUGAAUUAUAUAUUGAUGAUGCCGUUACACAGAGCUAACAUGGUCUUUGCGCAAAGUAUAUACAUUCUUGGAGAGAGCAGUCUCGUGAGUUUUGUGAAUUUCUGGAAGUUUGAUUCUUAGUAUCGUAAACUAGGCUGUUGUUUUUCUUCUUCUUUUUUAGCAGCAUUUUGAUCGAUAUAAAGAUCAGAUUGCGUGGGAUAUACCAUGGGAGAUCCCUUCUAGCUUUAUUUGUUGUGCAACUCGUCAACACAAAGACGUCGUUACUGGGUGGUAUGAACGAUCUACAUUUGAAAAAGGUAGAGAGUUUAUUUUUGUAUUUGUUUUUCUCUUAAUUCCUUUUUGAGAGUCCGAGUUUUUUGUCUGGGAUCUGUAUUCUCUCUCGUAGACUGUAUGUGAGUCUGGUUCGGAGCUUCUUUAUGUUUGUUUACUAGCGUGAGAUAUUAGAAGGGUGCGACGCCCGGCUUUAAGGUUUGCCUUCAAUAAGAAAAACACUGAGACGUACAUUGAUUAUUUUGCUUUGCCGCACAUUGAAUAGAUCUAGUGUGAGAAAACUCUUCUCCAUCUUUUUUCUGCGCAUAUAUAUACAUGUGUGUGUGUGUGCGCGUGCGCGUGUUUCUUGUGGCUUAGCUUCUCGAUGAUUCGAGAAUUUGUUUCUGUAGUGUGGGAUUUGGAUAAAGGCACUGUAAUGUUUAACCUGAAACUAUGGCUCAACUCACGUUGAUUUCCAUUAUAUUGUUGAUCGAACCAUUUUCAGAGUAUUUUUUGAUUAUCCAAUAUUUGAAGUCA